AUGUCACAGCAACAACAACCCGGAGAGUCCGGUGAGGAGGUCCAACCUUAUCGUAUACGUAUAUCGAGCAAAUAUCUGGACAUUACGCGUCAGAAACUAGAGCUUACUCGACUUCCUCAUGAGCCUCCCUCUCAAAAUUGGUGGGAGCCUAAGCCUCAAGUCGAAUCUCUAGUUGACUUCUGGCAAGAAUCAUUCUCGUGGCAUGAUCACGAAGAAGAGCUGAACCAAACACUUCCACAAUUCAGAACCAGCUUCCAGAUCUCUACACCACCAACACCUGUUCGGGUCCAUUUCAUUCACGCUCGUUCACCUCAUGCCAAUGCUGUUCCACUUCUUCUCUUACCGCCCUUCCCUUUAACUAACCUUUCACUCGGCCACCUCGUUCAACCGUUGAGUGACCCUGAAGAUGCUGGAGCUACCCAGCCUUUCCAUGUCGUGAUCCCAGCGCUGCCUGGUCUGGGAUUCAGCGAUGCUCUGCCACCCAACGCUCCACCGGUUUCUACAACAGCCCAGUUGCUAGAUGCCCUGAUGAAGAGACUAGGCUAUGAGCACUAUAUUGGUAGCAACGCCGGGUCUGCUUCCAUGUCACCAGCUGGUAUCGACUGGAGACUGGCUCGACAUCUAUCCAACAACUUCCAAGAUUCUUGCUUGGGAUUCCAUUUCAUUGCACCUCCUCUGACAUCCCCUACACUUUCAGAUUCGGCGAGCGAAUGGCUGAAGUGGAAAGUGGCCCGCCUCUUGAGCUCUCCAGUGCUUGGUUAUUCCAAGGACGACAUUGCUGCUGUACAGAAGCGGAAGAUUCCACAGCUGAAUAAGAAGAAGUCCGCAAUCAAUCUCGGCCAAGGUGAUCGCAGCAAUUUCGAACCCAAUACCCCGUCGUAUGCCCUCUGCGACUCACCGACUGGUCUGUUGCUUUACGUUUUAAAGGUCCUUCGCACUUUGGGCCCCAAAAAAGAACUUACACAAAAAGACAUCAUCACACUCACUUCUCUCAUUUGGUUGCCGGGCCCAGAAGCUGCUCUCCGAUUUUGGGCGCAGUGUGCUUCGGAUAUCGAAUCAGUAGAAGGGAAGAAGCCAUCUAAAAAACCAAAGGUUGCCAUCAGUGUAUUCACCGGUGACGAAGAUCAAAGUGAACAGCCGAAAACGUUGCCUCGGCCUGCUAAAGCAACCUACUCUUGUCCUGCGUGGGCAAAGAAGGAUUACCAGGUGGUGCAUCUGGGUCGAGCUUCUGGAACUCCUGGGUUUUUAGCUUGGGAUCGACAGGAAGUGAUCAUAGAUGGAGUGCGCGGCUUGACAAAGGCAAUACUGGAAAAGGAUAAGAGGAUGCAGAUUGCGGAACAGCCUGGAGCGACGCUUCAGAAUCAGCUUGAAGCACAAGAUGGCCGCAUAGCUCAAGCCGAUCUGUCCGGAACGACUGUGCAGGAUCCCAAGGCCAGUCCUGGCGAGGAGCCCUCCAAGCCUGGAGUGCAAAAGCCGAUAGAGGAUGAGAAUCAACACUUGGUUCCCCCACAAGCGACAUCGCAUGGUGGCGCUCACUGA